UCCCCCCUCACACUUAAAUUCUAGAGAAGAGUAAAUUAAUUUCCUAAUUAUUCCUCUCCAUCUUUGCUAAUUAACAAAAUCUAGGGUUUAUAAUUUCACCACAACUACUGUUUGUUUAUCUCCCAUUUUUUGAAUUCUUCUUAUCUUCUAACAGGCUAAAAUUCAAGCUCUGGACAGGAUAAAGUCGCUGUGUCUUAUGGCAUGCAUUUGUUGCUUUGGGCAGUCACAUGGGUAUCAGAUAUGCUUUUCUGAGUUGUCGUUAGGAUUGUCCCUUAUUUAGAGGCUUUAGUUGUACUGCUCUGCCUUUUCGCGAUACUAGAGAGCUGAUGGAGAAAUGACGUAAUACAGCUAUCCUGCAACUUGGACACAUGAUAAAAGAAUUCCUUCCUACAUUUUUGUUCUUUUCAGUCUAGAGACAUAAUUCACCAUGAAAAAUAAACUUAGGUGGCGAAAAGAAGGGAAGAUAGAAAGAGGAAUUCGGAAGCAAUUCCUUUUAUGCGAAUCCUACUUAGCCUUGGAUAUUAACCAACAACAUGUCCAAUGUAAUUUCAUAAGCAGGCUUUGAGGAGGGCAAGUACUACAAAAGACUGGUAGAAAAGAAGUUUAGAUACUCGGCAGCAACGUCUAAGAAUGAGCCAAGAAGCUAUUCAAGGGAACAGCUCCUACGCUGCAGUAACUCUUCCUGUCAAGCGGGGGAGAGGAAGACCGCGUAAGGAUAGCAACCUAAAGCGUGUAAGAACUGCUCAUUUUCCACCAGGGAUUAAACAAACAAAAGAGAUCCGACCCCAACAAGUAGAUACAGUUAAUGUUGCAAAUGAUGCAAUGAUAGGUCAGGCUGUUACAGGUGUUGUCGAAACUGCAUUUGAUGCUGGUUAUUUUCUGAAUAUUAGGAUUGGCGACUUAAAUUUCAGGGGUGUUGUUUUUAAGCCGGGGCAUUUUGAUCCUGUCACGGAAGAAAAUGACGUGGCACCACAUGUUCCGAUGAUUAUAAGGAAUGAGAUUCAUGUACCCAUUAGAAACCAAAUUCAGGUACAUGGCCAUGAUCGGAGGCCUCAGCUAAGUUUAUCGGCUCCAACAACAGCUCCUCCUUCUGGCCAUUUGGUGGGAGCCCACAGUGCUGUUGUUCCUGCUGUCCUUCAACCUGUCAACCCAACCAAUGGAUUUCCACCUACUACACAAGCUCUUCCAGAUUCAUCCCAAGCUGCUCAUAUGACAGUUGCUCUAAAGGAGAGAAGUUUGCAAACUGUUGUUCCCUUGGCUACGUUGCCAUCCGAUGGAUCACUUAUUGAAAUGACCAAUGGCGUUGAGGCGUCUCAUAAGAUGUCAGCAGGGAACUUGAAUGCGGUCGUGGAACGAGAUAUUGGUGACAUGAAUGAGCCUCCUCCUAUAGAACCAAGCGAUUCUAUGAAUUCGCCUCUUCCCAUCUCUGUUUCGAAACCAUUGAUGAGUUACGGGAUUGGCAGGAUGACAGAGCUUUUACAGGCGGUGCAGGAAAAUCUGAUGGAGAACCAGGCACUUCGUGGUGAAGAGCUUAUUAGGCCGAUCAAUCCAAAAACGGAUGGUUAAAGAGAGGAAACAAGUAUGUUAUCUGAUGUCUCGCAUCCCUUAGCUUGGGAAGACCUCGAUAACACACAUACGGAUGUGGUUCAAUUGCUUCUGAAGUUGUACCUUGUCUUUUCCAUGGAAUGACAGAUCCGGGGCGAAAAAAGACCAGAAAAUGGGCAAGUGUUGGGAAUCAAAAGCUCUUCUGUUUAGCAUUUAGAGGUGUCAUUCUUUUGUUACUUUCUUAAUUUGCUCUUAAGGUGAUGUGAUGAAGAAAUUGUCUAAAAUGUGCUACUUCCAUUGUGUUUGAGUACAAGCCUUGUAGAGAAUAUUUUUCGGGAAACUAAGUCGUUUUUCUUAGAGAAAAUAGUUCAUCCUCCUAA